AUGGCUGCCAAGACUUUUAUUGUUACUUUGAAAGACCACGUCGCUGACGUGGACAUCUCGAGUGUAAAAGAAUCGUUUUCCAAGCUUGGGGGUGAGAUCACACACGAGUUCUCGCUGAUUAAGGGCUUCACGGUGAAGGUGCCCGAGUCCGGAAUAGCCACGGUCAAGGAUGAACACGCAGACUCAAUUGCCAACAUCGAGGAGGACCAAGAGGUGUCUACGAAGGAAUAG